AUGCGAACCCCUCAUAAUGAACAAGGACCAAAGGUGAUCAAGCAGCUUGUUGGAAUGGGAUAUGUUGUCGUUUCGCAUAAUGUGGAUAGCGGUGACUCGGACAUUGACGGUGCAGGUAAUCCAGGUACACAGGCGGUCAUCGAAUUCGACAAGUCUAUUAGCCACCAUCGUGGGGCUAGUCCCAAGACUCAUUCGUUCAUCACGCUUCAUAAUGAGUGGGUUGAAAACGGCCAUUCUGGUAUUCAGGCAAUCGUUCAAAAGUAUCGUAAGCUCGGAUACACUUUUGUCACCGUUGGUGAGUGCCUGGGCCAACCUAAUCCCAAAAGCUGGUAUCGUGUUCGUGACUUCAAGAAACUGGCUUGA